AUCCGACUCAUCGUAUCAGACUAAAGUCCUCCAGGACGAACAAACAUUGCAGAGCCGCAGUCGAGCAUCGCGCGUCGUCUUGUGACUGCCCACCCGACGAUCCAAACUAUUACCUCUUGUUAUAUUUCGAAGUUCUGGUAACGUAUCGAUAGCCGCCGCCUCGCGAACCCAGCUCCCGAUAUAUAUAUAUAUAUGGAGGGUCGGGGUCAAACAAGAAGCGCCGCAGGGCAAGAAAGGAGAUUAAAACCUGGUUGAAAAAGAAAGAGAGAAAGAAGAGGUGACACUGUUAUCUUGUCCUUCGCUUCUUGGUUCACUUUGGGGUUUCGAGCUGGGGAGAGCAGGCUCCGCUCGGCGGCCAUGGAUCCCGCUCGGGCUUUCGUCAAAGACGUCAAGCGCGUUAUAAUCAAGGUGGGGACUGCUGUUGUCACCGGAACUGAUGGGAGACUGGCUCUGGGAAGGCUUGGAGCUCUUUGUGAACAGGUCAAAGAACUGAACUCUCAAGGCUUUGAGGUUAUUUUGGUUACUUCAGGUGCAGUGGGUGUUGGCCGGCAAAGGCUUAGAUACAGGAGACUGCUCAACAGCAGGAUUCUUCUGGUAUCUUUUGGGAUAAUGACAGUUUAGCAGCUUUAUUGGCUUUGGAGUUACAAGCUGAUCUUCUUGUUUUGCUUAGUGAUGUGGAGGGUCUCUAUAGUGCUCCACCUGGUGAACCUCAUUCAAAGAUAAUACAUACGUACAUCAAAGAAAGGCACCAGGGAGAGAUUACUUUCGGGGACAAGUCUAGGGUGGGAAGAGGUGGCAUGACUGCUAAAGUAAAGGCUGCAGUUUAUGCUGCAUCUGCAGGCACCCCUGUUGUAAUUGCUAGUGGUUUCGCCACUAAUAGCAUUGUGAAAGUACUUCAAGGAGAGAGAAUUGGUACUCUAUUUCAUCAGGAUGCACAUUUGUGGGCAUUGCCCAAAGAAGUUGGUCCACGUGAGAUGGCUGUUUCAGCAAGGGAAUGUUCCAGGCGACUUCAGAGCAUAUCAUCAGAGGACCGCAGGAAGAUUUUGCUGGACAUUGCUGAUGCUCUAGAGGCAAAUGAGAAAUUAAUCAGAAUUGAAAACGAAGCUGAUGUUGCUGCUGCACAGCAGGCUGGAUAUGAGAAGUCAUUGAUUUCUAGAUUGACUUUGAAGCCAGGAAAGAUAUUAAGCCUCUCAAAGUCCAUCCGUAUACUUGCAGACAUGGAAGACCCAAUAGGCCAUGUCUUGAAAAGGACAGAGCUUGCAGAUGGGCUAGUCUUGGAAAAGACAUCAUGUCCGCUGGGUGUUGUCCUUAUUGUUUUUGAGUCGCGACCUGAUGCCUUGGUUCAGAUUGCGUCUUUAGCAGUUCGGAGUGGGAAUGGUCUUCUUCUAAAAGGUGGAAAGGAAGCCAUGAGAUCUAAUGCAAUCUUGCAUAAGGUUAUUACUGGAGCUAUUCCAGAUACUGUAGGUGAGAAGCUUAUUGGGCUUGUCACAUCAAGAGAUGAGAUUCCUGAUUUGCUAAAGCUUGAUGAUGUUAUUGAUCUCGUCAUUCCAAGAGGUAGCAAUAAGCUUGUAGCACAAAUCAAGGAAUCUACUAAGAUUCCUGUUCUUGGUCAUGCUGAUGGCAUUUGUCAUGUUUAUAUUGACAAAUCGGCUGACAUGGAUAUGGCAAAGUGCAUUGUCUUGGAUGCAAAGAUAGAUUAUCCUGCAGCCUGUAAUGCUAUGGAAACACUUCUUAUACACAAGGAUCUCUUGAAUAGUGAGGGGCUAAAUGAUUUAGUAGUAGAACUCAAAGGUGAAGGGGUUACUCUUUAUGGUGGACCUAGAGCAAGCAUCGCAUUCAAUAUUCCACGGGCACAUUCAUUUCAUCAUGAAUAUAACUCAAUGGCUUGCACUGUUGAAAUCAUCGAUGAUGUACAUGCUGCAAUUGACCAUAUACAGCAUUAUGGAAGUGCACAUACUGAUUGUAUAGUUGCAAAGGAUCUUGAGGUUGCGGAGACUUUUCUUUGUCAAGUUGACAGUGCUGCUGUUUUUCACAAUGCAAGCACGCGAUUUUGUGAUGGGGCUCGUUUUGGUCUUGGUGCUGAGGUUGGUAUAAGUACAAGUAGGAUACAUGCUCGAGGCCCUGUUGGUGUUGAAGGACUGCUAACCACACGAUGGAUUCUAAGAGGAAGCGGGCAAGUGGUGGAUGGAGAUAAAGAGGUGGUCUACACCCACAAGAAUCUUCCACUUUAGCAAGUUGGGGGAGGGAAUCAUUCAGCGAUGCACUGGUGAGGAUGCUUUGAUGGCCCAGGCUUUUGCUGAGAUCAAGAUAACCUCCACCAAAUAAAUUGGUGGUAACCCAGAUGUGUUCUUGUACUAUUUAUAAGAUUUGCAGUUCAAAAAUUGCACCUUUUUUUGAAGCUUCCUUGGAUGCCGUAUUUAUGUUUGGGUAUUGUUUCUCUCAUCCAAUACGUACCUCGGUCAAUGGCAGAAAGUUGUAUGUUGGCCUAGAUAUCCUAUUAGGAGAUGUGAGUUAUGAAAUACUUGGAACCCGGAGAUCUCAAGAGCAGGAAAGAAAUAAAAAUACAAAUGUUUGUUGAUUGUUGAGAA